AUGUUACCUUCACCUGCCCCUUUCUCAAAUCUAACAUCUGAUCUUGAUCUUAUCGAUCAGAGUAGUCUAUUACACAGAUCACCUACCAUAGCAGGUUCAUCACCAUCCAAAUCUACCACUAGCCGUCGUCUCAACGGUUAUCUCUCCUUACCUCAUCGGCUAUCGAUCAACCGUCGUGUAAGAAGAAAAGGAUCUCAAAUCACUUUUCAACAAGAAUCAGCUUCAGAAAUCUCAUUACCCCUUUCUUCAAAUGAAAGAUCUCCAAUCAGAUCUCCAAUCUUUAAACAUAAAAGUGUAUCAGAAGUAGUCAUUAGUUCUUCGAAACCUAAUCCAAAUAAUUUAUUAUGGAUUCGACAUCGAUCUCCUUCUCAACAUCAUCAUCAACAUCAACAUCAUAAAAGACUUUCGAUUAGUCAUCCUAUUCCUGAAAGCUUUGUUCAUUUCCAUUUACCUUCGGGUGAUUGUCUUCCAACCGGUAGACCUUCUGCUGUUUCUCGCCUACCACCUCAAAUUCGUUCUUCCUUUUACGGUGAUCAUUGGUAUAGCUCUCAAGCUGUCUCAAGUCUUGAAUCUAUACCUGAUUCAGAAUCACCAAUUGGAAACUCUAGCUCUAAACGUAAAGGAACUUCAUUUAUUGGAAAAGUUUGGAAACAAGUUAGAAUGAGAGCUAGAUUAGUCCCUAAUUUUAAUAAAUCUAAAAGAUCAAAAGUUAACCCGGUCCCACAUCAUUAA